CGCAUGGGACGCAGAUUUGUCUCGAUCAGAGGUGAAGCACGCAGCCUGGAACAGCGAAUACACUAUUUAAAGUUUCUUUCUUCCUUUUUUAUUUUAAAUUAAUUUUUUUGUUUUUUUUCCCCAACGGACACAGGAUGAGAAACUGAAUAAGAGAACGAUCUCUAUUCAUAAAGGAGCUUUUUUGUCGUUUCUGUGGAUAUUAAAACGCGCAAUGGAACAGGAGGAACAGAUUGACUUUCAGGCCAUAAGGGCCAAGUUUCAACAAGAAGAAUUCACACUGAAGAAACCCAAGAUAAAACCUGUUCUCCCAGAGAAGCCAAAGGUGGUCUCUCCUCCCCAGAGCCCCAGUCAUUACCUCCCUUCAGGUGCACGCCCCUCCCUGCUGACCUCCAUUAAUGAAAACUUGGAAAGAAACACACUAUUUGCCCCAAGAGUGGUCUUCAAAGAUGAUCCGAAAGAGAGCAAAAAACCUCUCAUCAACAAUAAAGACAAAAGUGAAGGGAAACUGAAAGGUGGUAAGCACAAAGCAGUCAAAGGGAGCAGGGAGAAUCUUAUUAAAGAUUCCGUGGAUCAAAAGAAAGUUAAUAAGAAAGACAAGACGCUUCCUUUGGUUGUCCCUUCAACUCAGAUAGAGAGUACUGCAGAGCUGGUGCCAGCCGCACCUCCACCUAAAGUCACAACAGAGAAAAAGAAGCCUUUCAGUCUUUUCAAAAAGCCAAAACGAGAUUCAGUGUUGAUCUCAGCUGAUCCAAUUCUAGACACCCCAAGCUCAGAUAUUGCUGGACUAGCUCCACUCAUCCCAGUGCCUUCUGAAUCUGGUGGGGAAACAAUACCUAAUUCAACAUCAGAGCCCUAUCUACCAGACAGCCCCACCUUACCAGAUCACAGUGCUGAUGUAGAAAUGACCCCAACCACUACUACUCUUGAAUCUCUUGCCUUCAACCUACCUCCUCCUCUCAUACCUGAGAGCCCACCACCUGAAAUCCCAAUCUUGACCAGUGAAAUCCCACCUGAAAUAGAAAAUCCCACUUUGCCUGUUUCUAGCCAAGAUGAAGCUAUUACCAGUCCACCCAGUGUCUCUCCACCUCUUCCACCCAGCUGUGUCAUCUCUGGUUCUCCUUCCCUGGUUUCUUCUCCAUCUCCAUCACCCCCCGAGCCUGAGAUUACAUCUGAGAUUGGGAAAGAUGUGCCUCCUGUGGAGAAACCUCCUUCUCCAACCACGAACCCUCCAUCUGUUCCACCAUCUCCCAAACCAGAGCGUCCAGUCUCAGCACUCUCUGCCCUGGAGAGGGCAGAGGAUAUGAGUCCUGGAAAAAAAACACCACCAGGUGACCAGAGGAUUUUCAAUGCUCUACAGAAUGCACGCAAGAAGACCAACAGCCCCUUGAUAUGUGACAUGCCCUCCUAUUCUGUUACCCCUCCACCUGAGGAAUCCUCCCAGUGUCAGAGCCCCACUGAAAGUCUCCCAGAACUCCCACCCAUUGAUUAUGAAGCUCGAACAGGCAAUGCCGUCCCAUCGAAACCAGCACAAGUUAAUGGCAUUGACCACCGACAGCCCUCUCCAUUGUUGCAAGACAUCACUGAGGGACCUGACCCUGUCCCAAAGCUGCUGGCGAUUCCCCCGCCUCCACCCGAGAUGACUAUUUCAGAUAAUGGGCCUCUGAAUUCUUCUGUAGAGGAACCUGCCAUACUUAACUCUGCCAACUUGAGUGAAUUCAUUCCUCCACCUGUCAUGGAAGUUAAUGAUAUCCCUGCUCCACUUGAGUUUUCAGAGACCUACACCCCUGAUGUCCCAGAGGUUGACAAUGUGGCUUCAGGCGUUCCUAUUCCCGAGCUGCAGGGAUCAGAGUUGGAGUAUGAGAUGUACCCAGCUGCAGAUGUUCCAGACGGUUAUGACCCGCCAAAGGUUCACAGUAAUGGGAUAACUGUUCCGCAAACCGAGAUCCACACAGAGACACCAUAUGGAGACAUAUCCCAAAAUAAUCCACCACCAGAAUCAUCUCAUGCUCUCGGUCAGGACUUACAACAGGCGUCAGAGCCCCAACCAGAAGACGAUGUUUAUCAGAACACAGAAAAUGCGUACGAGUAUAUCGCCACACCUGAUGGUGACAAGAAAAAAGUCAAGACUAAAGUCAAGAAACGCAAAGAGCCAAAGAAUCCAUAUGUUGAGUCAAUGCCAGUAACGGUUCAAGAGAAAACCAAGACGUUGAGGUUUGGCAAGAGUGAAAAGAAAGCAGCUGCAGAGGGGCCUGAUGAGAAGGAGCUGAAAAAGAAAGAAAAGCAGCGGCUAGAAAAGGAGAAGAAGGAGCUAAAGGAGAAACAAGAACGGGAAAAGAAAGAACAGAAAGAGAGGGAAAAGAGGGAGAACGAGAUGAGGAAGAAAUUCAAGAUCACAGGACAGGAGGAUGCCCUUUACCAGGCAAGAGUAGUUGUAACUGCAAAGGGACGAAAGACUGAUCUCCCUGUCAAAGCAGGAGACACAAUCAGCAUUAUUCGAACAGCAAACUGCCCCAAAGGAAAGUGGCUGGCCAGAGACAGCAGCAACAGCUAUGGGUAUGUCGCAGUUGAUCACGUGGAGCUGGACAUCAAGGAGAUGUUAGAGCUGGGAAGGAAAACUGUUCCCAGGUCAAACAAUAACUUUAUCGAACCAGACGGUACCCGCAUGAUUUCACAUGACUCAAACCAUUAUCAAUUACCAGGAGAAAGCUUCACAGACGACAGUGAGGAGUGGAGCGGUGAUGAUGAUGAACCUCCCUCUGGUUCUCCAAGUACACAGGCUGUACUAGGUCAUACCCGGACAUUCUCCAUGCCAGAUGUGGGAAACAAAGACCUUAGCGUGAACCACCAGCACAGUCACAGCGACAUGGGUCAUGAUAGCUCCCACAACCAAGCACUUCAGAGGUUGUCGACAUUUUUCCAUUCACAAAAAAAUGUAGAGCCAGCUGCAAGCACCGAUGAACCAGUAAUGAGUUACACUGCAGGUUCUGUGAAUGCGGCACAAGAAGCAAAUCACACGCCUGAGGCUGUGUCAGCAGAAGAUACAGAUUUUGUUCCUGAUACACUCAUUUUACCUCCUCCUGUCAUGUACGCCGAUGGAGUGGAGUGAAGGUAAAGUGGCCUUCAUACAACAAGCUGAACAGAAACUCCCCCAGGUGGAACUGCAUUUGUCUGCAGCAUUACCUGCUGGACUAUGAUCUUAUUUAUCCAAUGACUGCAUUCGUGAAGUAGAAUUACAUUUAACAACAAUGAGAAUUAUAUCAUCUGGGCAAACGGAAAUCUUUCUUCUGUUCUUUCAAAUGCUGCAAUGUGGAACCAGCAUGGGACAGUUGAUCUGCUUGCUUUUAAGUGAUCACGGUGAACUGCGUUGCACAGACACACACAGUAUUUGUGGACAAUGUGAUCCUGGAAACUCUCGUAGGAACAAUGAACUGCUUUCUGUGCAAAAACCAGAAUGGAAAAUAUAUUUAAAGUGGAGGAAAUAAGGGAAAGAACAACAGAAUGGAAACAGCAGUUUUUCUUAUCAGAUGAAAGUGUGUGUAGCUAAGAAAUACUGGAAAAAGCUUAAUUUGUUUUAAGAUGCAUCCAUUAAAAACAAUUAACCAGCUGUAAGCAGCAAGUAAUGUGAGCUAAUACCAGUAACAUUCCUGGUUUAUGUUUAUCUACAGUACUCCAGCCAUUUAAAAACAUUGUUUGUAUUUUUUGCACAUAAGCUUUUGCUAAUUUGUCAUUUGUACACUCAUUAUUUUUUUUCAGUGUCAACUGUGGUAUGUGGAAGGGACUAUGUAACUACUCAUGCUACAAUACAUGUGACCUUUGAGUUUGACUUCUUUUUCACUGGACCCAAAUAACCAGCAUGCUGUGUAAUAUAAUAGGUAUAAAUUAUAGUAUUUGCUCUGUAUUGAUCAUAGCUGCAACUUCUAGAGGGAUAUCCAUCAACUGAAUUUUCUUUACUUUUUAUAGAGCUUUUACCUGCUUCUGACACUAACAGUUCCCUAUAAACAGAUGAAUAAGUAUUAUAGAUAAACAACAUGAUGUGAUGAUUACUUGAGGUCAUUUGCAACCGGCAUUUGUAGUGGGUGUGAGCUUGUGUGACUCUAUGAAAUGUCUAAACCGACGAAGCACGUUAAGACGGAAUUUUUUUUGUAUGUUUAUUUUUUUUCCAAUAAAUAUUCAUUAAAGUGCAAA